CUGGUUUGCAGUCUGUGGCUGAGGCUUUCCCAGAUUACUGCGUUCUGGGAACGCCAUUUUAUGUGUUUGGCUCUGACACUGGGACAGCAGUGAGUGCUGUAGUGAUUAAUCUUUUGCAUUGGCUUGUGUGUUAUCUCGCAAAAAUGUUGCUCAAGUAUUACAUGCCCGACAUGUACAAGUAACGUCGGGCCAGAGGAGGCGGGCUUUGCCGUGAGAUUGAACGGCAAUACGAGCCGUAAUGGUGUGGUGAUUUGUGCGUGAAUAUAUUAUUAUAUGUCUAUAUAGAUAUAUAUUGAAAAAAAAAGAGUGUGUUUUUAUGAGUUUUCAAGAAAGUGAGUGAUUUGCCUGCCUCUGCUCAUCCUGAGCUUCACAUACACAAUAAAAUCCCUUUAUUAUUAUCAACAUCUGCUAAUCUUUAUUGUGCCAUUAAGACAAAGGCUUGUUGUCAUUUGGCAAUUAUUGAGGCCUUUUGAUCCCAGAGGAUUUUAACAGUGGUUUACCAUGAAUUCGAGAAACAUCCCGUCAGAUAAAAUAAACCUACGCCUUAUCCUCGUUAGUGGUAAGACAAAAGAGUUCCUAUUCAGUCCCAGUGACUCUGCAGGAGACAUUGCUCACCAUGUGUUUGAGAACUGGCCAGAAGACUGGGCGGAAGAAGCUGUAGCUAAGGCAGAAAUUUUGCGACUAAUUUAUCAAGGCCGUUUCUUACAUAGCAAUGUAACGCUCGGUGCACUUGGGCUUCCUUUUGGAAAAACAACAGUUAUGCAUCUAGUUCCUCGGGAAAAUCUUCCUGAGCCCAAUUCCCAAGAUCAGAGACAAAAGAGUAAAGGUGGUGGUAGUAGUUGCUGCUCAGCAUCCUGCUGUAUACUCUAAACAUUGGCUGCCUUGGAUUCUUAAGAUAAUAAAAAAUGAAUCAAUAGAUAUCCAAGUUGAGCCAUGGUUUAUAAGAUUUUAUGCUGAUGUAUAAUCGUUAGUGACUGAACUUGCGAGCAAUGUAGCAAAGAUGAAUGAUUAUUAAAUGUCAAUCAUGACAAGGAGUUACAAGUACAGUUACAAAUAAUAAAGAUAAACGACGGGAAUCAAGGCAUUUUUUACUAGAAUAGUUGGCUGUUUAAUGUUCUCAUAUCAGGGGCAACACGACGCUUUGAUAAUUUGAUUGAACUAAAAACAUAAGUGAGUGUUGAAAAAGAAAAUAUAAAGGAAUAAUAAAUAAAUGGACAAAAUUAUCAUAGCCACAAAAAGAUAUUAGCAUCAGAGCCAAAUAACCGUAUAAAUAACAUUGUUUAAAUUUAAAACAUUGCUCAUACGGUGGAAACAGGAGCUUUUAUCAGAUUCCUCAAAAUAGCUGGACUUGAUUUCAAAAAUUACAAAUUAACAAUAGCAUGGACAUUAUGAAAUGGAAAUAUAAUAUCCAAAAAGGCAUACUCAUCAGCUUUUAAUAAGAAAAAUAACAAAUAAUGUUGAGUAAUCUUUGUGACACUAGAUGAUACCUGAAAAAUGUAAUUCAGUGUAUAUAAUGUGUACUCUACUUUAUGCCGUUUUGUAAUACAAAGUUCAUUGGCCUCUUUCAUACAAAUCGCACGCGAUGAUAAUACGAUAUCGACGCAUAAAGAAUUCCAGAGAUGAGUGAAAAUAUGAAUAAAUAAACAAAAUACAAAAAAAUAGAAAUGAAGUACGAACUCGCCCCGGCGGAUAUGCUCUCUGGAACAACGCUACAGUGCUUAAAGUCUCAAUCACUAUCAAACUAUUGCAGUGUUAUUAUUAUGUAGGCAGAAUAUGUGUGAGUAUGUUUGCAAUGAUAAAAAUGGGAUGUAUGUUGUGUGAAAAUUGAGAAAAAAAAUUUAUGUUGUGAUACGCAGGUAGUAAAUAUAAUGAUAUACAUACUAUUAUUAAAAUUAUAAAAAUAUAUAUAUAUAUAUACAUAUAUAAAUAUAUAUUUACAAAUGAAAUAUAUGAGUGGUAUGAGAUAUGUUAACAUACAGUUGAACUCUCAUACUAUAGACUUUAUUAUCACAAAUUUAAAGUAAUAUUAUGACGCCACUUUAAGAGUUUAGUAUACAAAAUAGAUCACAUUCUUGUUGGGAUGUGUAAUAAAAAGCAGAGGAAAUGGACAUUGGAUCUCUUAUCGUAUUUAUAAUUAAUUAAAUGAUUUUA